ACCUGUCAAGCAAAAUGGCAGACAAAGAGAACUGGGCUGUGGCAAUAACAGUUUUUUUAACCAGCUUGUUGGUGGGCCAGGCAGACAUUAUCACAGAAGCGCCUGUAGGCCAGCUGUUUGUCUACGAGUUACACAGAGAAGUUUUCCAGCGUGAAUUUGAGCCGUUUCAUACAGUUUACGAACACAUUUAUAAUGAUCCCUUGGUGUUUAAAUGCAACAAAGAGAGAUUUCCAGAUCUGCCCCGGUGGCUCCGCUUCACCCAGAGGGACCCCUAUGAUAAUGGCUUUCUUUAUGGUACACCAUUGCCAGAGGACCAGGGCAGAAAUAUUAUCCAGAUUUUUGUGACAAACAGAAGAAGCUAUGUUGACGUGAUUAAAGAGAGGCUGGUAAUAAACGUGGGCCCUGCGGUAAAGCAAAUGCCAUACCAGGCUGAGUUCUUCUUAGAGCUGCGAGAUAUUGAGAAAGUGCUGCCCUCUGUUGUUCAAGAGGACAUUAAAUCAGACAUCAAGAAACUCUGGGACACAGAGAAGCUGGAAUUUGUGAACAUAACAUCUGCUCUGGACAGAGGCGGUCGGGUUCCACUUCCUCUUGCAGGAUAUUUUGAGGGCGUGUAUGUUAAACUGGGUUCAGACAAGCCGUUUUCUGAAUGCAUGCUGAGAACGCUGACGCCGGAGCACGAGAGAAAGUGUGCAGCUGGAGGCAAGAUGCCCGGAGAGUGCAACACGUGCUUCUAUCCGAUCAACUGCAUAACCUGGUGCAAAACUGUCCUGUUUGAUCUGUCCAAGCCAAUUCCGCCUGCUCGGGUCCCUACUGUGGGUUCAGGCAUCCUUGAGUGGGGAGGAGAGUUCAACCCUCCAGAUUCUCCACCUGAGAGAGACUUCUUCCCCGAUUACAUCAUCACCAUCAUCAUUCCCUUUGUCAUAGCCGUGAUCCUCUGUCUCAUCCUGGCAUAUGUCAUGUGCUGCAGGAGAGAAGGAGUUGUAAAACGAAACACCACGACCCCCGAUGUCCAGUUGUACCAUCACCACACCAUCCAGGGUAACUUCAAUGAAUUGCGGAGAAUGGCUGGACGUGAUAGGUCCACUGCGGAUCGCCCUCGUCAGUGCUUACAGCCCCUCAUCAUGUCAGAGCAGACAAUGGCAGGACGCUGAGUUGACGUCUCACACUUUUCUAGGUUGCCUGCAGAAUUAGAGACCUUUCUUUGUUUUCGAGGUUCACAAUUAUGUUGCUUUGUGUGCCUUUUUCCCUCAUGUACUCAUGUUGCUCCAAAACCUUGUGUGGAACACAAAAGAGGACACUUUUCGUCGAGAUGUUUUCUUGCUGUGUUAAAAAUCUUUAUGAUGUAUCGGCUCAACAGGACUAUGAAAGUGAAUUUUGGUUUGGGUUCCCAUAAUUAAAAUUUGGAUGUUGGUUGUCUAUGCAAGGCUGUAAUACAAAAGGUGUCCAUUAUUAUUCCUUUUAUGGAAAGUAUUAUUUCUUAAAUAUGAAUAUAUUCAUUGAAUAAUUGUUUCUUUUCAAAAACAAGGUGUGCAAAUAAAUGUCUGAUAUCAGAAUAUACUGUAUACUUGUAACAGAAUUAUCUGGAAACCGUUUAUCAACAUGCAUUUCAAAACACAUUUUCACAUCCACAUCUCAAACGUCUGAAAAUAAAAUCGAAAUUGAGUGGUUGGGUGAAAGCAUAGUCAUUUGUUUAAUUUCUGGUUAGAGAAAGGCAUUGAGGCCAUUGCAAGAAGAUAACAUAUCCAGGUGACCACAUAAACAUGCUUUAUUUCAACAUCCAAAAUAAUUAAAAACAUCUCGAAAUACUAUACAUGUACAAAAUAAGUACAGAUCCUUUGCUGGAACCAUUUGAGGGUCUAUUUCGUUUUUGCCGCCUCAUAUCACGUUUGCAAGCAACCUUUCACUAAAAACAAAUCAAACAAACAAACAAAACGAUGUGCAUUUCAUUUGGAAAGAAAGAUUCAAUCGAAAUGAGGGGGAAGCGGCAUGUACAUGGAAUUGUAAGAAAAGCGGGGGUCUUAGAAAUGAAACGAACUGGCAAUCAGUCCAUUCACUUAACCCAGAUUAUGUGCAAAUCUACAGUAACCAAUCCAGCUAUUUUCUCCCUUUCUCUCGCUUCUGACACUUUGAUAUGAGCAGAUGCAUCACAUUGACAGCAAGACAUUCUGUUGACAUUUAGCACCAAAAAGGCCCUGCAAAAGUUUGCUUCUCUCUAAAGCAUACCACAGACAGGACCUGUAUAGAGGAAGUAGCACCUUUUCAUAACUUUUACUCGUUUUUUUACUUUGUGAUCCUAGAACAGAAACUGCCCUCACAUCCCCCACAUGCUCUUUUUUUGUCCUGAGGUAGCCAUUAUAGCAAGAUGACGUUGUACCAUUUUUCCUACAUUUGGUUCCCUGCCUGAUGUUUUGUUUUUCUCUCUUUGGUUUAGAAGGAACAAGACACUGGGCAGUUGUUUGUCAUAUUUAUUCAACACCAGAGAAUGGUACAUUAGCAUUUACUUGUUUCUCGUUGUCCUUUCGCAGUGGUCAAAAGUGGCAAAAAGGUCACCAGUAUUUUCUGAGGUGAUCCGGGGGCGGGGUGUUUUACAAGUAUAUAUUAUUUUCUUGUUGUCAGCUGACGCAACGGAUGCUCGCUACGUGUCCUUGAUGUUGAUGCUGGCUGAUGUAGUGGUCCUCAAUUUUGUCUAAAACAUUAUGUUAGGAACGCAAUCACAACAAGCACCGUCCUCGGGAAUUCAGGUUUAAGCACAUGGACCGAUUGCAGCCGAAAUGCAGAGGAAAAGAUUUGAAGAUGACUGCUAGCAAAAAACAACAAAGUCAUGUCCAGAUUUUUUUUUUACAAGAAGCAGACUGGGCCAACUUCUGCACCGAAUUCCUGAUUGGGAGCAC